GAAACCUUCUUCACUCCGGCUACUCGAAAUUAAAAUGUCCGGCGCCGGAGCGGCGGAGUGCAGGAGGUCGCCGUGCUGCAUAUCGCACGAGUUCUAUAAAGCCGCCUCUAAAUCCCCCAACAAGAUAGCCGUUAUACACGCCUCCUCAAUUGCCCGCGAUUCCGCGCAAAAAUUCGCCACCGCGGAAUCCCGACCUCCGCUUUAUGAUGGCGACGAGCACUUCACUUUCUCCGAUAUGCUCUCCGCCGUCGAAAAUCUCAGUUUCCGGCUAAGGCGAGUUCUCGAUGGCACCACCACUAAGCCGUCUUUGAUCAAACCUCGUUCAGAUAAUAUUGUAAGUGACAAGUCUGUACACAUUUCUGAAUAUUUGGAAAGCUCAAGUCAAAGUGCACAACAGCCAACUAAGACUAGGAACAUGCACAUUCCAAAAGUGGUAGGAAUAUAUAUGGAGCCAUCCGUGGAGUACAUUGUCGCCGUCCUUUCGAUUUUAAGAUGCGGGGAAGCAUUCAUGCCUCUUGAUCCCAGUUGGCCGACAGAAAGGAUAUUGUCACUAUUAUCAUAUUCAAAAGCUGAUCUAGUCAUUGGGACUGAUAAGUCAAUCGAGGGGAAUAGUUUUCACAGGCUUGAUUCAUCAGAAUGGCUUGUUGAUGAAGGACGAAUUCCUGUUUUGUCUUUUUCUGUGAAGGAGACCAUUAACAGAGAGUCUCAUAUAAUAUUGGGUUGGCCUUGUGAAAAUGAAAGCUUAAGAUCAUUCUGUUACUUGAUGUAUACAUCAGGAUCAACUGGAAAACCUAAAGGUGUAUGUGGCACUGAAAUAGGUCUUCUUAAUCGGUUUUUAUGGAUGCAAGACAUGUAUCCUCUACACGAAGGAGAUGUAGUGCUUUUCAAAACAUCAAUAAGCUUCAUUGAUCACAUGCAAGAGUUUCUUGGAUCGAUACUCUCUACUUGUACGUUGGUGAUACCUCCUUUCAGUCAGCUAAAAGAAAAUGUAUUUUGUAUUAUAGACUUUUUACAGGAAUACUUCAUUAGCAGAUUUGUAGCAGUACCGUCCUUAAUGAGGACAAUCCUUCCUUCUCUACGAGGUCCAUUAUUAGCAGCAAUUCAAGACUCACUGAAGUUACUUGUGCUAAGUGGUGAAGUUCUGAAUAUUCCCUUGUACAAUAUGCUUCUGAAGUCACUACCCAAGACUUCGAUAUUGAAUCUUUAUGGUAGCACUGAGGUGACAGGUGACUGUACAUACUUCGACUGCAAAAGAUUGUCCCUGCUUCUGGAAAAGGAGGUGCUAACCAGUGUACCAAUUGGUUUACCUAUGUCUAACUGUGAUGUGGUUCUUCAUGGUGAAAAUACUCCACAUGAAGGGGAGAUAUAUGUUGGUGGACUAUGUGUUGCAGCAGGUUACUUUGACCAUCCAUAUCUCAAGCCCUUAGCAGAUGGGACUUUGUCUUCUGAACAUGAUGCUAAUGGAUGUAAAGUUCAGCAUUAUUAUAAAACUGGUGAUUUUGCCAGAAAGCUCCCUAGUGGUGAUCUGGUUUGUCUUGGAAGGAAGGAUCGUAUUGUAAAGGUUAGUGGGAAUCGAAUUGCUCUUGAGGAAAUCGAGAGUGCGUUGCGGGAUCAUCCUGAUGUAGCUGAUGCAGCAGUGUUAUCCCGCGAGGUUGAUGGAGAAUUCUUACUUCUUGAAGCUCAUGUGGUGAUGGAGAAAACUGCCAAACAUGAUAAACUCUUAAAAACUGCCCUUAAAAAUUGGUUACUUGGCAAGCUUCCAAGGAUAAUGAUACCAGUCAACAUCAUGUUAACCAACUCAUUUCCUUUGACAUCUUCAGGGAAGGUUGACUUCCUUUCAUUAGCUGAUUCAACACUUCCUGACCAACAAUCCCGGAUUGAUAUCGGAGAAAUUCCUCAGGACCACCUCAUUCAAGUCAUCAGAAAGGCCUUUUCUGAAGUGUUAAUGGUUGAGAAGGUUUCAGCUGAUGACAAUUUUUUUGUGAUGGGCGGUAAUUCUAUAUCUGCAGCUUAUGUCUCAUUCAAGCUGGGAAUCCAUAUGAAGUUUCUAUACACUUACCCUACUCCGUCGAGGCUUCAAAUGGCCCUUUUGUCACCCAGUUCUCAUCUAGAAACUGAUACUGAUUUGGAAAUAGAUUCCAGAAGGCCGGAAGGCAGGAUUUUAUCAAGGGAAUCAAGUAUUUCCAGUACUCUUCUUGACAAGACUAAUAAAAUGUUAGUUCAGGCUGAUACUGAUGGAGGCAUUUAUAAUCCUACCAAGAAGUCAAAGACAGAGUCAAAUGCCUGUUCCUCGGAGAAACAAAGCCCUACCAAUAGUUUGUGGAAUCCCACUGCAGUGCAAACUGAAUGCUCGUUUAGUCGAUGCAACAAAAGCGUGCAUGGAAGGAAAUGUGACAGAAGUUACUUAUGCAAUAGUAUCGGGUCCAACAUUGUACCAGGAGAUGGAAAAGGAUUUAUGCGGGAACUUUGGAAAGUUGACAUGGGUUCUUGUGUUGAUGCAUCACCUCUUGUGGUUUCCAGAGGAAGUAAUAUCUACCUGUUCAUUGGAUCUCACUCGAACAAAUUUGUUUGUAUAGAUGGAAGAAGAUGGGAGUCUCAAAAUAGCUGCUGCCUUAGUUUUGUCACAAGUGGAAUUGUUCAAUGGGAGACUAGAUUAGAUGGUCGUGUAGAAUGUUCAGCUGCAAUUGUCAAUGAACUUUCUCAGAUUGUAGUUGGUUGUUACCAAGGAAAUAUUUACUUCCUUCACUUUUCAAAUGGCAAUGUCAAAUGGAGUUUUCAAACUAAUGGUGAGGUAAAAUCGCAGCCAGUGGUUGACAAGUGCAGACAUUUGGUUUGGUGUGGAUCUUAUGACCACAGUCUGUAUGCCAUUGACUACAAAAGCUACUGCUGUAUUUAUAAACUUCCUUGUGGGGGGAGUAUAUUUGGUUCACCUGCUAUAAAUGAGAUGCAACAAAUGCUUUAUGUAGCAUCCACCAAUGGGCAUGUUACAGCAUUGGAAAUUAAGAAUCUUCCCUUUAAGAAGUUAUGGAAGCAAGACGUGGGGGCACCUGUUUUUGGAUCUCUUUCAAUCAAUUCUUCUGAUGGAAAUAUAAUUUGUUGCUUGGUAGAUGGGACUGUUGUUGUCCUCAGAACCUGUGGGUCCAUUGUUUGGAAGGUCAGUACUGGUGGGCCAAUUUUUGCUGGACCCUGCACAACUCAAGCAUUGCCUUCUCAGGUGCUCAUAUGCUCUAGAGAUGGAUGCAUCUAUUCUUUUGAGAUGGAGAUGGGUAAUCUGAUCUGGAAGCACACAUUAGGACGUCCAAUCACUUCGUCUCCUUAUGUAGAUGAGAACACCCAGUUGAUGUCCAACAACUCCAGCUCAUCUGACAGGUUAAUCUGUGUCUGCGACAGUUCUGGUAGUAUUUUUGUUCUUAGAGUCGACUCCAAUAUGUACAAAGUCGAGGAAUUUGCUCGACUGGACCUGGAAGGCGAUAUCUUUUCUUCCCCAGUGAUGAUCGGGGGCAGGAUUUUUGUGGGUUGUAGGGAUGACUAUGUGCGUUGCAUUAAGCUUGACAUCAAAUAGCUCAAACUUCAACAUGAACAGUGUAUCCAUCUCCACUUCCUCGACCACGAUAAAGAUUUUAGUAGUAAAUUUGAGCGGUGUUGGCCGAGAGCUCAGGAUCACCGGAGAGAUGGGAAUGUCCAUCGAGAUUCUGCUGCAAGAAUUGUAGCUAAAAAAGCUGUUUGAGAGAGUAGAUAGAGUAGAAGAAGUGAUAGUAUUCAUCGUUUCAUUGCUUAGUUGUAGAAGAAGAGUAUAAUGCUAUUGAUUGAGGAAUAGCUAUUUCAAUGCUAUUGAUAGAAGAAUAGCUAUUCCAACUAA